UCAUCAAACCUUUAUUUCAUUGCAACUUCUAAAAACUACAUAAAGACAAGUAUCUACAUAUAUCUAUAUAUAGACGCACACAUAUACCGAUACAUAUAUAAUUAAUUAUGGUGAAGUUUGAUGCGAAACUAUGGAAAGCUGUGUUUCUGAUGUCGUUUAUCAACAUUAUGCUAAGCGUCGUGAACGUUAUGUUCAAGAAGAUGCUUAACCAAGGAAUUAACCGUAUGGUCGCCACCACUUACCGACUUGCCGCAGGAACUCUGUUCUUAACACCGUUUGCAAUUUUCUUGGAAAGACAUAACAGGCCAAAACUCACGGGUAGGAUCUUGUGUUCACUUUUCUUUAGUGCUCUUCUAGGGACGAGCUUGGUGCAAUACUUCUUUCUUAUAGGGCUACAAAAUACUUCUUCCACUUUCGCCUUAGCGUUUAGCAAUAUGGUUCCAUCGGUCACUUUUGCUUUGGCUCUCGUCUUUAGGCAAGAGACGUUGAACAUCAAGAGCAACACAGGACGAGCCAAAGUGUUAGGCACAAUGAUAUGCAUAUGUGGAGCUUUGGUGCUUACGCUUUAUAAAGGAACCGCACUAACUCAACAAAACGCUCAAAUGCAAACACAAACAUCAAAUAGUUCACCUACUGCGGUAACACAAAAGUGGGCAAUGGGUUCGUUCAUGCUGAUCAUAUCAAUCUUAGUAUGGUCAUCAUGGUUUAUCAUUCAAGCUAAAAUAUGCCGGAUAUAUCCGUGCCAGUACACGAGCACCACUAUCCUCUCUUUUUUUGGUGUGAUCCAAUCUGCUUUGUUGAGUUUGAUCUCGGAGAGGAGCAUAUCCAUGUGGGUCGUUACAGAGAAAUUUCAAGUUUUAGCUUUACUUUAUUCGGGUAUUGUGGGAUCGGGAUUGUGCUACGUGGGAAUAUCGUGGUGUCUCCAGCAAAGAGGUCCGGUUUUCACGUCUAGCUUCAUCCCUUUGAUUCAAGUCUUUGCUGCCAUUUUCAGCUUCUUUUUUCUUCAUGAGCAAAUUUACUGCGGAAGGAAAGGAAAUAUCUAUCUGAAGAGACGAAAUCUGUGAACUAUGAUAGUCUUAAAGAAGGUUUACAAGACAAACCUUAGUGGUGUCAAUAUCUGCCAAUAAACUGGUCCUCUUUUGACUUGUGCCCUUCUGCAGUAACGGCAAAGAUAUCUAGAAUGAAGACAUGCACACUACUUUUUACCGUAGAUUUUAGAAUAACAAUAAAGUUCGCUUUUAUAAAGAUUGAGAAAAAGUGUUCUUUGUACAAAACUUAAAAUGAUUACCGAAGCUUAUAAGCGUAAGAUUAACUAAAGAAAAUAUACAAAUGCUACAAAUAUUACACCAAACUUAAAAUGAUUACCGAAGCUUAUAAGCGUAAGACUAACUAAAGAAAAUAUACAAAUGCUACAAAUAUUACACCAAACUAUAUAUUCUGGCUGUUGUAAUUAUAGGUUAUGUCUAGGAGGAUGACUUGCCGGUCCACGAUAGUCAUCAUAGAAAGCUACAAAUCGACCAGAAGCUUUCUUCUUAUUGGGUUUCCAUUUAAAUGAAGAACUCUUGCUUCUUUUAUGAAACCCUACUUUUCUCUCCAUCAUCAAAUGUUUUGAUCCACCUGACAUUUUCGAAAUCCAUUCAUCAUUAUUUAUCGCCCUCACUUGCUCUUUUUUGGCUCUAGCCAGUGCACUUCUCAUUGUUCUCCCGUACAUUAGUUUCCUCGGUGCAGAAAUGUUGGCAAAGUCAUACGAUUCCUGUAAUGGUGUAUAAAUUGAUAUAAUGGAUUGCUUCCAUUUGAAACAUACAAAUUAUGUGAGUAUUAUAUUAUGAAAACAAACGUAUACUUUCGGAUGUAGUAUCGAUGUAUCAGGACUCUUUUGACCAGCAUAUCCUCCUAUCAAAACAAAUCGAAAGAUAUAAUGUAAAAGAAGUUAUUAUUAGCUUUUAUAUUAGGCUAAUCAAUUCAGAAAAAAAGACAAA